AGAAUUCAUUAGGCGCAUAAACGCGAUAACUGCUGCACUGUUUUAGUACAUUUAAUUAAAUUCACAUGUGAACACGUAGUGUAGUGAUCUAGAAUCUAAUGUCAUGUCUCCCCCACCCCUCCAGAUAAAACGAGAUGUCUGUUUCCCCCUACUGGUCGUUCGAGGAAAUCGGUCUCUGCGGUCUCUGCAAGUCAUACGAUAUUGUUUUGAAUUUUGGGAUUUUGCGCGUGUAGAAGCUAUGUGUCCAUUGGGAAUUAGCCUACUGUAGAUUUGUAGAUUCCUACAGCGUCGGAAGGAAGUCUGAAUCUUCAUGCAACAUUUAGAAACUUUAAUCGACAAAGCACUAUUCACCGUGUGCUGUAGCCUGUCGUCUGUUGCGUGGGUAGAAAAGUAAGCAGUGUUUGUUUCUGUUAACGGAAGUCGGUAGGUAGCUUACAUUUGCGUUAAGUAGGCCUAUGCAAUUCAUUUAUUUGACUGUAAAUUGAAACCGAUUGUUGUCAACAUUAGAUCGGUUGCUAAGAACUCCGAAUGGCCGGACUGAAUAUUUGUGGUGUGUUGAGCUCAUACAAUCCAGAACAUUUUGAAGGCUGAACUACAUUUCUAAGAAUAUUGUUGAUCUUGGUGCAUUUAUUUUUAUCCAAGCCGCAUUUGCGAGUGCGGGCUUUACCAUGACGGUAUGUUAUGCCGAAGAUGUCAACAAAUGUGUCACCUAACGUUACAGUAGCUGGCUGGGUGCUCUGCUGCUCUUCAAAGACGUGGCAAACGCUCUCUAAAGUGAUAUGGGGUCCCAGAAACUUCUGCAGGAUUGGUGUCGCUUACAGUGUGAACAUUAUUCCAAUGUGGAAAUUAGGGAUUUGACCACCUCUUUCAAAGAUGGGUUGGCUUUCUGCGCUAUCAUCCACAAACACAGACCAGACUUGCUAGAUUUUCAUUCACUCUCAAAGGAGAAAGGCUAUGAAAACAAUCGCCUGGCCUUCGAAGUAGCUGAGACACAUCUAGGUAUCCCUGCUUUGCUGGACCCUGCUGACAUGGUGUCUCCAGAGGUGCCUGACAGGCUGAGUGUCAUCACCUACCUUUCCCAGUACUUCACCUACUUUGCCAAGACAUCUGAUGCUGGAUUCAGCAACUUCCUGAUGUCCAGCCUCCCAAGCACCUGCACAGAUGGGAAGAAAGGGCUCCAGGUAUCUGAGGUUGUUUACGAAACAAAAAGCUCAGCAGAGAAGGGGAAGGGGAAGGGCCAGACCAGCAGCAGAGCUCCAGGCCACUUGUGCAGUGCGUGCCAGAAGCAAGUUCACCUGGUACAGAGACACAUCGUGGAUGGAAAGUUGUACCAUCGAAGCUGCUUCAAGUGUAGUCAGUGCAGCAGCACCCUUUUCCCAGGAUCAUACAGGAAGGGAGAUGAGGCUGGCUCGCUGCUGUGUUCACACCUCUGCAUACAAAAACCAAAUGGCCUCCCUAAACAGCAUAGCCUUGCAGACCCAGGAGAAGCUCUUCAGAGAGUGACUCAAGACGUGCCUUGUUCAACCAGCCUCACUGAAAAGCACAGUCUAGAGGUGGACAAAGAGAAGAGAAGCGAAAGCCAGUUGCCCGAGAGCACAAAUGGGCACAAACAGUGCAUCAAAUACAGUGGCGAAGUGGACGAUAAAAAGAAAUCACUUCCUGACAAGGAGGUAGAAACAGAAAAGGCAGAAGGAAAACAAACUCUUGAAAAACAGAAGCUCAUGGAUGUUGACACAAAGAAGCUCGGAGUUAGUGCAGGCACUGGCUCUUCUCCCGCACUAGCUGGUCAGUCAGGGACAAACAGCCGGCCCGUGCCAGCACCACGGAGGGCGAAAGCCCGACAGCAGGAGUCCAGCAGGUCUAAUCCCCCCUGGCCACCACCCAGGGCACAUCCUGCUAAAGUGAUGAACCGUUCUCUGUCUGAGAAUCAUGAAGCCAAGUCUGGAGAGGAAGGCUUCAGUGUGUCAAGAAGCUCUGACAAGUCCAGUGAAAACCAGAAGCCAAAAAGUCCCCCUUGGCUGGAUUUGAUUCACCCUGGACCUUGGGCCAAACUUCCUCCAGUCCCUCUUCCACCAGAGCCCCCUCGCUCCUGCUCUGUCCCUUUCCUCAGUGAGAUGUGGUCAAGGCGGAAGGCUGUCCAUCUCUCCCCUCAUAAUCCAUUUGACGAGGAGGAUGUCAGUGAAGGUCUUGAGGGAUCACACAAAGACACAUGGACAGCGUGUUCGGAGAGAGAUGAGAGCCAAGUGCAGGUGACCAUGGUGACAAGCCAGACCUGGUGUGGCACCAGUGUAUGGGACCAAGCCAACGCUGAAAGGUCAGCUGAUGACAACCAAACCUCAAAGGCCAACAUCCCCCAAUCAGCUGAAUGCACUGAUACACCACCCGCACGUAAAGGGGAAUCCAUUUCAGAAGAGAGAGGGGUGGUGUGCUCAGCAGAAGACUCUAACUCACCAGGUGACUGCCCUUUAGUCCAAGCUAAUGCUCCACCAAACAUGGCUGAAACAGAAUGUCUUGAGAAACCACUAGCUGAGACUAAUGGCACGGGCAACGUGGCUCCGUCGAUUUGUUCCUCUUGUGUAUCAGAUUUAGCUGAGACUGCUGGUUCAGUGUGUACGCUAAAUUUAGCUAAAGCAGUCACCGUACCUGAGGCUACCAGAUUAGAAUCCCCUGCUGGCAGAACUGAAUUAGAGAGUUUGCCAAAAUCUGCUUUGGCCUCAGCACCCCAGAUGCUUUCAGAGACUGAUGUUUGCCAAGAGCAAGAUCUCCCUAAAAGUUUAUCAGAAGUGCAGUUAUCAACCCAAGAUAUCACAUCCUCCACUCCACCAAGUGCAUCAUGUAGUGACAGAAACACUGAGAGUCAUUCACAGCCUACUCAACAGUUGCCAUCUGAUGGUCUGAUCAGAGACAGAGAGCCUCCACCACCACCAACUAAACCAUAUCGUAACAAGCGCACAUGCAAAGAAAACCCUUUCAACAGGACGACAUCCCUUGCUGAGAUUCCCAGUGCGUCAUGUUCCUCUUCCACUAAAGCUGCAGCGCCUGGCCAUGGUUUUCCCCUCAUCAAGAGAAAGGUAGAGACCGACCGGCACCUCCGGAAGAAAGACCUACAGACAGAGCGAGGGGAGCUGGAGAGGCGUUUGAAUGGCCUGGAACAGAGAGGCGUGGAGCUGGAGAGGAGCCUCAGAAACUGUCACAAUGAAAAAGAGGAUGACCUUUUGGUGAACUGGUUCACCCUCAUUCAUGAGAAACACAUGCUGGUGCGCAGAGAUGCUGAGCUGGUCUACAUGGCAAAGCAGCAGAAUCUGGAGGAGAGGCAGUCAGAUGUGGAAUAUGAAUUAAGAUGUCUCUUCAAUAAACCAGAGAAAGAUUGGAGCAAGGAUGACGAGGCCAGGGAGAAGCAGCUGAUGUCAGACCUAGUCACCAUCAUUGAACAGAGAAACCAAAUUAUCAACAGCCUGGACCAGGACCGGCAAAGAGAACAAGAGGAGGACAUGCUGUUAGAGGACAUGAUCAAAAAGAGAGAUUCCCAUAGAAAUGAAGAAAAUGAUCAGAGGAUCUUUGCUGGAAAGUUUAAGCCAAUCAAGAUGCUGAAGCAGCUCGGCCACAAGACUGAGAGCAAAAAGGGAAAGAGCAAAAUCUCUCUGAAGAAGAAGAGCUGAAGACUAACCACUGGGGGUAGUCUUGCCACGAGAGCUGAAUGUGCAGUGAUUACCGGAGAGUCAGUGUCACAAAUAAAGUUGCCCAUUUAUUGAGAAUUUAUGUAGUACACAAAGAUUCCCCAAAAUGUUGUGAAGUGAUUGUGAGUGAUCUCAGCCAGUUUAUGGCAUUUUCUUAUUCCACAGGGUAGGGCAUCAUGAAGAAUUUAUGAUUUUAUAAAUGGGCUUGCCAGUAAUUUAAACUUUAAAAGUAGUUAAACUUAGGUUUGUGGCCAAUGCUAGGGUUAUUCCCCUCAAGAAUGGAUUUUUGCAAAAUUGUGUAGACGGAAAGACAUUGGAUAUUUAUUUUCAGGCUAUGUUAAGAAACUCAGACAUUCUGUUCUGUCAUUGCACGCAUACUCUGUCUGAAAAGUAAAGUAUUAUGGCUUUUUGCA